GAAGGGGAGAGGGAGGGAGGGAAAGAGAAGGGGUUGUGUCUGCAGCGAUGGAGCGAGGGGGCAGCGGGCAGGAGGAGCCCUCCCGGAGGGGCAGCAGCCGGGGAAGGGGUAGCGGGAGCUCCGCGGGUAGGACUCCUCCCCCGGGUCGGACUCCCCCGGGCUGGGAGAUGGAGGAGAAACCGGCCGGGGGUGCUCCCGCCCCGGCCCCUGCCCCCGGCGGCGGCGUGCGGAGAGUCGGAGGCUCCCCCGAGCGGCCCCGGGCCGGGGAAGUCGAGCCCGGCCUGGGCUCCAGCUUCAUGCAACGGCAGCUGGGUUCCCUGCUCCAGCCCGGGGUCAACAAGUUCUCCCUCCGCAUGUUCGGCAGCCACAAGGCGGUGGAGAUGGAGCAGCAGAGAGUGCAGUCGGCAGGAGGCUGGGUGAUCCACCCGUACAGCGACUUCAGGUUUUACUGGGAUCUUGCCAUGCUGCUGCUGAUGGUGGGGAACUUGAUCAUUCUGCCGGUGGGGAUCACCUUCUUCAAGGACGAGAACACCCCUCCUUGGAUCGUCUUUAACGUCGUGUCGGACACCUUCUUUCUCAUCGACCUGGUGCUGAACUUCAGGACCGGCAUCGUGGUGGAGGACAACACGGAGAUCAUCCUGGACCCUCACACCAUCAAGAUGAAGUACCUGAAGAGCUGGUUCCUGGUGGACUUUGUCUCCUCCAUCCCCGUCGACUAUGUCUUCCUCAUCGUGGACCUGGAGACGAGGGUGGACUCCGAGGUUUACAAGACGGCCAGAGCCCUGAGGAUUGUGAGAUUCGCCAAGAUCCUCAGCUUACUCCGGCUCCUACGCCUGUCCAGGCUGAUACGAUACAUACACCAGUGGGAGGAGAUUUUCCACAUGACCUACGACCUAGCCAGCGCGGUGGUGAGGAUCGUCAACCUCAUUGGGAUGAUGCUCUUGCUGUGCCACUGGGAUGGCUGCCUCCAGUUCCUUGUACCUAUGCUCCAGGACUUCCCAGAGGAUUGCUGGGUCUCCAUCAACCGCAUGGUGAACGACUCGUGGGGAAAGCAGUACUCCCAUGCUCUCUUCAAGGCCAUGAGCCACAUGCUGUGCAUCGGCUAUGGGCAGCAGGCUCCCCGGGGUAUGACCGACGUCUGGCUCACCAUGCUCAGCAUGAUCGUGGGCGCAACCUGCUACGCCAUGUUCAUCGGCCAUGCCACCGCACUCAUCCAGUCCCUCGACUCGUCUCGCCGCCAGUACCAGGAGAAGUACAAGCAAGUGGAGCAGUACAUGUCUUUCCACAAGCUGCCCGCUGACAUGCGGCAGAGGAUCCACGAGUACUACGAGCAUCGCUACCAGGGCAAGAUGUUUGAUGAGGAGAACAUUCUGGGCGAGCUCAGCGUGCCUCUGCGGGAGGAGAUCGUGAACUUCAACUGCCGGAACCUCGUGGCCACCAUGCCGCUCUUUGCCAACGCUGACCCCAACUUUGUGACGGCCAUGUUAACCAAACUGCGGUUCGAGGUGUUCCAGCCCGCAGACUACAUCGUGCGGGAGGGCACCGUGGGCAAGAAGAUGUACUUUAUCCAGCAUGGAGUGGUCAGCAUUCUCACCAAGGGCAGCAAGGAGACCAAACUCUCGGACGGCUCCUACUUUGGAGAGAUCUGCCUGCUGACCCGUGGCCGAAGAACAGCCAGUGUGCGAGCGGACACCUACUGCAGGCUGUACUCUCUGUCCGUCGAUCACUUCAACGAGGUGCUGGAGGAGUACCCCAUGAUGAGGCGAGCCUUCGAGACCGUGGCCAUGGAUCGGCUCAACCGGAUAGGCAAGAAGAACUCGGUGCUGCUGCGGAAGGGGGCUGAGGGCUCCACCUCGGGCUCCAUCAACCACCGGGACAACGAGAUCAUCCAGCAGAUCGUCAAGCACGACCGGGACAUGGCGCACAGCAUGCAGGAGCGGCAGCUGCUGAGCGCGGCGCAGGAGCUGCGGGGGAAGCCGCUGAUCUGGGCGCCGCUGGUCCACGCCCCGCUGCAGACGGCCGCCGCCACCACCUCGGUGGCCAUCGCCCUCACCCACCAGCACAACCUGCCCGCUGCCAUCUUCCUGCCGCCCGGCCCGCCGCUCCCCGCCGACGGCGGGCAGCCCAAGCCAGCCCGCCGGCCGGCGCAGCAGGCCUCGGCCGCCGCCUCCAGGGCCCAGACGCCAUCGGCCGGCUCCCCGGGGCCCGAGGCGCCCAAGGCCCGGCAGCAUCGCGCCCCCUCGGGCUCGGCCUCCCUCCUGCAGCAGGCGGGGGCCGGCAGCCCGCUCUCCGCCAAGACCUUCCACUACAGCCUGUCGAGGGUGGCGGGUCAGCAGCCCGCCGCCGCCGCCUCCUCCCCCGGCCACCAGCCGGGCCACAGAGGCGGGGGCCGCGGCCUGAGCCAGGGGGCCCGGCCGCUGUCCGCCUCGCAGCCCGCCCUCCCCCACAAGGCGUCGUCGCUGGCGGCCGAGCGCGGCCCCGCUCCCCUGGCCCGCAAGUCGGCGGGGAACAUCGCCCAGCUCUCCUCGGCCUCGGUGUCCGCGCUGCUGGGCCGGGCCGGAACCCCGGGGCCGGGACCCCGCGGCGGCGGCCCCGCCGUCAGGGAGCCGGCGGCGGUGGCGGCGGCUCCCCGCAAAGGCUCGGUCACCUUCAGCUCGGAGCCGGACGCGGAGAUCCCCAAACUGCCCUCCAACAUGUAGGGGCCUCGGGGGAGGGGGGAAGCAAGGGACGGGCGGGG